GUUUCGACUAACAUAGGAAAUUUUGUAAGAACACAGGUGAAAGAUAAAAGAGUGUAACCAUGUCGUGUGCAUUCAGCAUCCAGUUCCUCACAGUGAGUAUUUCUCAAAAUGAAGAUAGUUUUGUAAAGUUGAAAUUAUUGUAAAUCUCAGGCUAAAUGAAGGUUUGUGUUUAACAGGCGGCUUGUAUGAUGGGACUCUUUUUAAUAUCAUUUGGAGCUGAGGGACUACCUGCCAAGAUGCAUCAAAAGAAGGGAGCAUCAGAUUCAUUUCGACUGGUCUUAGAUCCAGAAUUCAGACAUUCAUCCGACCUGAUUCGUCCAAUAAAUAAUGACUCCAUAUCUCCAUGGAUGUACACGUUUAAGCAUGAUGAGACCCUGUACCCUUCGAACAUCGCCGAGGCGAAAUGUUUGCUGACUGGAUGUUUGAUCAAUGGCGAGGAGGUCCACGAUUACCAAUCCAAACCCAUUGUCAGUCAAAUCCUGGUCCUGAGGAAAAUUCAAGGAGACAAGCACAACUAUUCCUUCAGACUAGAGUACAAAACCAUCACGGUGGGCUGCACCUGCGUUCGGCCGUAUGUUGAAUAUGUGUGAACUUGAAGGAGAAACAUUUUGUGCCUUUUGUGACGUAUAUUUUGCUAUUAAUGGGUAGUAUUAUUAUAUUAAUAUAAAAAUAUAUAUUUAUUCAUGUCACCAUAAAAGUGUUAUGUAGGCUAUUUAUUUAUUUUCACCGUGUUUUUUGAAUUGCAUGAAAUGUCUGGAUGUUGAAAUAUAAAUAUUAUUGUAUUAUGUUAUUUAUUUAAACUUGUUUUUAAGACUGUGACUGA